CCCGCCUCCAGGCACCGUUGUCCGAACUGAAACGUUGCCGCUGUUUCACAACUCCUCCCCUCACCACUCUUCCCUCCCAUCGACAGUCAGUUGCACGCAGUGUGCUUCGGAACGAUGCGCCACGUCUCCUCCGCCUUCCUCGUGGCCAGUCUGGCUGCGAUCGCCACGGCCUCUACUACCUGCAGUGUCGACAACAAGUGCCCGGAGAGCGCACCCUGCUGCUACAAUGGAGUAUGUGGUGUAGGAAGUUCAUGCCUGGGAAGCUGCGACCCCCUGAUGUCGUACUCGCUUGACUCCUGCACACCCGAGCCGAUCUGCAAGAACCAGACCUACAGCUUCAGCAACCUGGACGACUCCAUCCUCUGGGAUCAGUACCUAGGAAAUUCCUCGCAAUACGAGUGGACGACGAGCGGAUUCCCCAAGGUUGAGAACGGCAGUCUGAUGCUCACGAUGCCGAACCAGACGACCGGUAGUCUGGUGACGCUGAACAACUACAUCUGGUACGGCAAGGUCUCGGCCAAGAUCAAGAGCAGUCGCGGCGGAGGUGUCGUUACGGGGUUCAUCUUGAUGUCGGAUGUGAAGGACGAGAUUGACUUCGAGUUUGUGGGGUACAACCUGUCGAGUGUGCAGACCGACUUUUACUUCCAGGGCGUUGAGAACUGGACCAACGAGGUCAACGCCGCCGUUUCCCCUGGCGACACGUUCAGCGAAUGGCACACCUACACGAUCGACUGGACGCCCGAGAAGCUGGAAUGGCUCGUCGACGGCGUGGUGAUGCGCACCCUGACCAAGAACUCGACGCUCAACGCGACCUCCGGAGUCUACAUGUACCCGCAGACGCCGUCGCGGCUGCAGAUGUCGCUGUGGCCGAGCGGGCUCACCACGGCGGGCCAGGGCACGAUCGAAUGGGGCGGGGGCCUGGUCGACUGGAAUAGCGAGGACAUCGUGAAGUACGGCUACUACUACGCGCUGUACAAGGAGAUCACGGUAGAGUGCUACAACCCGCCCGAGGGCACGACCGUCAAGGGCGACAAGUCGUACAUCUACACCAGCGACACGGGUCUGUCCGACCAGAUCCUGGUGUCGGGCAACAGCACCGUGCUCUACAACCUCAAGGACACGGGCCUCAACAUGACCGCCGGCAAGCAGACCACCGCCUCCAGCAGCAGCGGCACCAGCAACUACGAGUCGAGCUCGGGCGCCGAUGCCACCAGCACCGGCUUCAGCGCCGGCUCCACCUCCAAGAACGCCGCUUCUUCUUCAUUCAGUGAUCGUGUCACGCAGGGAUCAUUCCUUGCUGCCUUGACCGCGGUCAUUUUCAGCCUUCUCUAA